AUGUCAUAUUACAUUACCAUCCACCAUGGCCAUGGUGUGGAUGAGAGCCCUUCCAACAGGUGGGUCAAUAUCACCUUCACUAAAUGGGACCUGUUUUACCUCCGCACCGACGGAGCAUUGAUUUGCCUUAUCAUUGAACGUAUCCGGGAGAGGAAGUGCAUCAUUACUCUUGAGCCCAAGGAUCGACAAUCUCGGUGGUGUAUCUCAAUACCGGCUUCCAGGGCGCAUAAAACGAUAAGCGGAGUUCUUGGCGACGCUUUACAACUGGCGGAGUGGUACAAGGUCCAAAUUCUGAAUGGGAAUGCAAGUAUCAACCGCGAACUGCUAUUUGAUCGAAAUCCUUAUCAUGAAGGUAAGGAAUGUUGUAGAGAGAAUGUGUGCGAUCGGGUGCUGCACCCGGAGUGGUGGGCUAAAGAUACUGAAGAUACGGGUGAGGGUACUAGUAAAGACUCCUAG